AUGGCUGAACCUCUCAAAGAGAUCGAAUGCUUUCUCGACCUGGUGCCUGUCCAACUCACCAGAACCAACUAUUUUCUCUGGAAACCUUUGUUCAUCCGCACUCUAAAGGCCUACGACUUGGACUUGUUCAACAUCAUGGAAGGAGUCGAGCAGUGUCCACCACAAUUCGCGACGAAUGAAGAAAGGGACGAAAAUCCAGCCUAUACCGAUUGGAUUAUGAAGGACCAAACAUGCAUGGCCGUGAUCACUACAACUCUAUCAAAAUCCGUACUCCCCUACACCCUAGGUUGCACAAGCUCCAGAGCUCUGUGGCUAAACUUGGAGAUUCGAUUCACUACCGCUGCUAAAUCUCAUUGCUUGCGGCUCAAGGCUCGCAUGCAAAGCCUCAAGAAAGGAUGGAUGCAGUCAAUGGAGAAAUACCUAAAUUUGGCUGAAGAAAUUGCCAAUGAGCUCGCUGCCGGCGGAUAUCCCCUUGAAGAUUGUGAUUAUGUUGGUCACGUCCUUAGGGGACUUCCAUCUCAUUAUGAUGACUUUGUUGCGUGGAUGAGGGCUGGAGGGAAUAUUGCUGUGACUCGAGAAGAAUUGCAUGGUUUGCUUCUUCAAGAGUCCCGUAGGAGAAUUCAGCUUGAUUUUAUAGUACAACCCCUGCUCAUUGUCUGCAUUACUGUGAUCAUUGCUCUUAUUCGUCAACCUAAUUGUCCUCAUAGGCUAUUGGAUUAUGUUAUUGUGACUAGUUUGCAAGUCAAGCAGCCACUACUAACUAAAGCAGCAUGCAUCAACUGUCCCCUUGCCUUCAAAGUAAACGCUUGUUUGAUGCGCCAAUGUGGACUUGUAGAUAGUGGUCUCAAGUGCAUCAACUGUCCCCUUGCCUUCAAAGUAAAUGCUUAUUUGAUGCACGAAUGUGGUCUAGCUAAGUGGAAAAGAUCCUUGACUUCUGCUGCUGCUUUGCCUCUGCUGCCUGUCACCAAGGGGAUCAUGAAGCUCUCUUGUCCUUCCUUGGCUUUCAAGGUAUCAUCGCGGCAGCCAUUGAAUUGGUCUGCUUCUGUUAACUGUUGCUCAUGGGAAGGCAUAAGUUGCGGCCAAGAUGAUGGUCAUCAACGCGUCGUCGGUCCAUGGCUUCCUGGAAGAGGCUUAACUGGUCUUCUCCCAAGUGACUUGCUUUCCUCCCUCUCUAAUCUCCAGGUCCUUGACUUGAGCUCUAACAACUUCUCUGGCAACAUCCCUGAUCAGAUUUCUAACCUCACCAACUUAGAGAAAUUAAAUCUCUCUCACAACCAUCUAUCUGGAGAGUCCCUGGUUCUUUCCAGAGUUUGCUUUUGCUCUCUUCUUUCAGUGUGGCAUACAAUGAUCUUCAGGGCCUUGUACGUACCAUCCGGAGGUCAGUUUCGUAAUUUUAUCUUCUCCAGCUUUGAAGGGAUUCCAAGAUUACGUGGCCCUCCAACUACGCAUCUCUCUUGUCCUCAUCUAGAAUUACCAGCUCCUGAAAGAUCUUAA